UACGUCAAGGUGUCAAAAGAAAAUGACGUGAAUUGUAGUACAACAAAAACUAAUUUUAAUCUAAUAAAAUCGUGUAUUGAUUAUUGAAAAAGGUUUUUAGUGAAUAAGUUCAACAUGUUUUGUUGUCUGAAAAGUUGUAUGAAUGGCUUUACGCUAACACCUAGUGUACCUAUUCGGAUAAAGGAAAAUCCUGUACAGUUGGAUACGUUACACAUGGGCCAUGAGAUGGUGAUAAUAAAAGGUGGGCAGAGAGUGUGUGGUUCUGGCUGUGCGCUUGGGAAUGCACCACUGGUGCAGAACAAGUCUUAUUUUGAGGUGAAGCUGCAGCAGGGCGGAGUGUGGGCUGUCGGAGUAGCUACCAGGGAAACAGAUCUCAAUAGAGUACAUGGUGGUAUGGACAAAGAAUCAUGGUGUCUCAACAGCGACGGAACGGUGCGUCACUCGAAUAUCGAACUCUACCACCUUGCGCAGGCGCCGAGAGAGUCGCCCACAGCCGACUUACUUGUGUCAACGGAAUCACCGACCCAUGAAAAUGAUAAACCAGAGAGCGAGAAAGGGACAAGCACUGCGGCGGUUAUGCCAGUAGAGGGCGACACUAUCGGUGUGGCCUAUGACCAUGUAGACCUGAAUUUCUUCCUGAAUGGAAAGAAUAUGGAGAUUCCCGUCAGUAAUAUUAGAGGAACAGUAUAUCCUGCGCUCUAUGUGGACGACGGCGCAAUUUUGGACGUGAUUUUCGAAAACUUCCUCUACCCACCGCCGACAGGAUUCGAAAAGAUAAUGGUGGAACAAUCCCUACUCUAACAGAUGACGAUCGACCGGCAGUGUAUACGGACCUUGAUGUUUGGGCAGAGUGCUAUGUGAAUACUGCUUAAGACUUAUACCUGAGACUGUCUAGUGUGGAUGAACUAUAUUUUUAAAUACUGAACCUUUAUCUAUGAUGUCUUGGUGAGAUUCACAUACUAUUUUUAAUAAAAGACUAAAUAUAGUCUUACUAAAUUAAUCGGAUCUCUUUGUUACAUCAUUGUUUCAUGUUUUGGAAUGGGCCUACCGUAUUUUUUCUCACUAGAUGUCGUCACGUGAUAGUGUCACACCAUUUGACAGCUGCUGGACAAAAUCCUCUCUCUACAUUUGCGCUUUCUGGUAUAAGCAGAAAAAUGGCAGCCCCCAUCGUGAAUGUAACAAUAUGAAGCUUAACUCUUGGGCACAAAUAUCUUUAUCAAAUAGGAAUUUAAUUAAUUUAAAUUUUAUAACUAAUUUACAUGACUUAUAAUUGUUUGAUGAUAUGAAAUUUUAUUUAAAGAAAAUAGAAAGGACUUUUCAAAUUUAAUUAUAUUUUCAGUAUGUGAGUCUAAACAGGGCAUUUAUGAAUAUUUAUGAAUAUCAUGACUCUCUUGUCACUGUAUAGUAUUAAAUUGUGAUCGAAGGAAACUCCAUAUGUAUUGACGUAACCAUAGGGCUGAGGCAACUGGCAUGUUCAAUGAACAUAGAAUGACAAUUUUAAAUACUUGCCAACAUUAAAAAUAAAUUGAUAUAUACCUUACCUAUAAAGAUUUAAUUCCAGAGUAGGGAUUUAUGUGUUACCAGUUCAAAAAUUAGUCUUAAUUAUUUUAUUCACAUAAAGUCAAGCUACUCUAAUCUGUCUUUUGUUUUCAUUGGAUUUUCGGCUAUAUCGUCAAAAUGGUAAAGCUUAAAAUCGAAUAAACAAACAGUGACAGAGUAUUUUUAUAAUUACUAUCGUGAGACAUACUAAAUUAACUAAAAUCGCGGGUUACUCACGUGAAUAUUCUGAGUAAAGCUCUACUAGUUUCGAACCGUGAGCUGUGCAUUCAGUGAGCUAUGCAUUCAGUGAGCUACGCGACGUCGCCGCGACCGCGCACGCUGCUCAUGAGGAAGAACCCCUCUGUGGUUCGAAAUUAGUAGAGCUUUUCUCAGUAUAUUCACGUGAGUAACCCGCGAUUUUAGUUAAUUUAGCGACAGAGUAGGUUGGCUUCUGUGCCUUCUGUACUUCCAGUUCAAAAAUGUAUCUUAUUGUGUUAGUACUUAAAGGUGGUUUCUUCUCGUUUUUUAUUUCUUCUAUGUAGAUUGCCACUUGUCUCUGCCCAAGUAGAUUCGCUUUGGUGGUCGAUGUGAGUCGCAUCAAUGUAUAGUAAGUUUACUGUUCAUCUAUUUCAUAUUUUAAUGUCAUCAGCGAAACUGAAUGUAUCAUGCACAAUGUCACAAAAUACAUAUUAAUUUCAAAAUAUCAAUCGAAUAUUAAUUUAGUACAUUUAGGUUCAUAGCAGUACAAAAUUCUUGACGUUAAUAAAACUAUAUUGCCUAUCAAAAUGAAUACGAUAAACAAUAAAAUAAAUAAUUUAUCAGUCACUUAGAUAUUUUAUAGUGGAAGCAUCAUUAAUUAUUUUUUUGAUAGCAACAUUGGUAUAGGUGUUGCCAUACGUAAUAAAAUAACACAUUCCAAAUUCAAAUAAACGGUUUAUCUGAGAUGAAAUUGUGAAUUGAUCUCUGUAUGUGUUAAUUAUGAAGGUACUAAUAUUUUUAGCUAGGAAUUUAAUACUAGACGCUUGAAAUUAUAAUUUAUUGUAAUAGCCACCUAAUUGUCUAUAAUUUCAUCGCAAUUCUAGCAGCGUUGACAGUGGUAUCUAUUUGCUAACAUAAUUUAUAACCAAAUAAUAAAGUUGAAAAUCAAAAACUACUUAACGACUGAUUUUUGCCGUUAUUCCUGUCGGGACUCCAGCAAGUUUAUUUUCAAUUCAGUGUAGGCGAAUCAUAAUAUAUCUUCUCUAAAUAGUAUUCAUUUUUUCUAUAUUUGAAAGCACUUUUAAUCUAUUCGGGACAAUAAUACUGCCGUCCAGUAUACAGGCAGUCCUAUGACUAGAGCUUGCUCAAUAGGGAUUUGGAAAACAAAACAGUAUACGCGAUAUUGAACUUUAUGUUGAUAAGUUACGAUACAAACUCCAUUGUCCAAUAAUACGGGUAAACGUAUUGCAAGAACAAUCUGUCCUUUGGUUUUUAAUACAUUUUCAAACUAAUUGUAACAAAAUUAAGCCUUUAACUGCCGACAGAAAACUGUUGAGGGCAAAUCCUCCGCUAACUUAGGUCACCGGUGACCUACGUGGCGGUUAACGUGUUAAGUCGAAAAUUGAUUGAAAGAUUUUUCACUUUGGGGUCUACUUUCCAGAUUCAGAGCCCUGUUUAAUUUUGACAACAUGGUGGUACGACCAGUUGCCCAACCGUUGGCGACGUCUUACAACUUAAGCCAAGGAUACACUACGGGACAAUGUCCCAAGACAUGUAUCGGUGACAUGUCAAACGAAGCCGGCAACGUCGCGCUACUUCACCCGACGUCGCGCUACUUCACCCGACGUCGCUGGCGACAAGUGUCGCGGGAUAUUUGUCCCCCUAAUACCUGUCCUUGGCUUUAUGUUCAUUUAGUCGCCAACGACUUUUUGGUUGCACUACAUAUCCUAUAUAGGUACAACUAUAUUUAUAAUUUUUUUUGGUUAUGCAACCAAGUUGACACCAGUCAUAAUUAUAUCCACAAUAAAACUGUAAUUUACUGUUACUGUAAUUUAGAUUGCAAUGACUAAUGAAUUAGGGUUCAAAUUCUCAAUCACAACAGUUUUUGUUUGCAAUCUGUGUCUUCCUGUCUAAGGAAUAAAAACUAUUUUAUUAGUCUGAAAACAUGAAUGGGCUUUUGACGAAUUGACCUGUUGGUGUGCAGGUUUACCAAUAAUUAAGUAAAUGUCCAUUGUUAUAUGAUUGAAGAAUGAUUGCAUGUACUAUGAACUGUUAGUCAUAUCAUAUAUAUUAAUGAUACAUGAUGAACUAGGACAUCUGUGAUUGUGUUUUCUUUUUUUGUUGUUCUUUUUUCAAAUUUGUUUGUGUUGUUUUGUUUAUGUAUUCGAUAAUGGAAAAAUUGAUUAACGCCCGCAUUCUGAACCAAUACUCCAUUUUAAGUCGUGUAUAAGUCUAUUUCUGUCACUACAAAUUCUUUGGAGAAUGAUAGAGAUGACACUAUAUUGUACAACUUAAAACUGAGUAACCCUUCAGUAUUCGAGCGUUUGACAUUACAUUCAAUAAAACACUUAUUAAAUUCAGCCAAAAUACGAAGAGGAAUUUAAUAAUCAAUAUUAGGAUUGGCAGUAAGUCAAACGUUUAUGUCCAAAGAUUUAGUAAUGUUUUUCUUUAAAAAAAAAAACUCCAUAUUAAUCAAAUUGUUACUCUUUAAAAAAGGAUAGUUAGGAUAGUUGACGAGAGAGUUACAGAGCUCUAUGACCAAAAUACAGGUUACGAUUUCAGAUAUAAGUGUAUCUAGUUCAAUGAAAUAUUAUAUGGAGUCAAUCAAUAGGCUGGACCUAUUAACUAAAAAGCUUCAUUAGAAAUAAUGAAAUGAAUAAAAUAUAAAGUUUUAGUUUCAUUUGCUACACUUUUGACUGGUUUAUCUAAAACUUUAGUAAAACAGUUAAUUGCGAUAUGUAGUUAAUUUUGGUAUAUCUUCCGUGUUUUAUUCUUAAUUUUGAAAUUAUUAACGCCCUAACGUGGGCUGUCAAAUGCGCUUGAUUUCAUUGCGGAUUUUAAAAUCUUAUUUAAAAAACUAACAAGUGACGUCAAUAGAAAUAAUUGAGUUGAUAUUAUACACCUUAUUCCAUAGUGGUACAGUUGAUGUUUGCAUAUUUAAUAACAACUAAGUUGAUUCAAUGACGCAAUAUGAAAUCAUGUCCCAUUACAUACUUAUACGGACCCAAUUGCCGGUUUUAAUGUUAAUGAUCCAUGAAAUGAAUGAAUAUCAAUGUAAAGAUGUAUAUCUUAAUGGUACAUAUUUAUUGUGAAAUUGGAGAGAUUUUAAGGAUCCUAUUUGAUUAGGAUAGCGCAUGGUCGAAUAACCUGGUGCACCUAGGUUGAUUAACCCGCCGGCAACAGUUGCGCAACUAAGUUGCCACCCGGUUUUAAAGACCCUGCAUAAAACUGUACAUUAAGUUGGUCGUGCAACCUGGUUUCACGACUAUGGUUGUCUUAAUGAAAUAGGUUUUUAUGAAGAGAAUGUUUCAUCAAAGAUACUGAAUGCGGCUUUCUAAUGUCUAAUGAUAAUAAUUGCAUUGUAAUGUAUGUAUAAUAUACAAAUUAUAAGAACAAGUGUGUAUGUCUAUUUAUUAUAAUAUUGUGAUAAGAAAGCAAGAAUAAAAUGAAUGCCAAUGUA